GUCUAUGAAUUUGUUCCCGCCUAAAAAGUUAUGUCGUCGGAUGUAGUGGAAAAAUCAUCCAAAUCAGUAGACACAUUUGACUCUGCAUGGCUUCAAGAUUGUUUACCUAUUUAUUAUCGUAAAUAUUUUCCGUUCGGACCAUUUUUCCGAUGGCUAAACUAUGGAGGAAUAAAAGGGUCUGGCUUCAAUAAACGUGAAUUUUCCUUCACCUUAAUAGGAGAUAUUUACAUACGAUUUCAAUCGUUUAAAGAUGGACCAAGCCUAGAAAAAGAAAUAAUAGCUAAAAGUCCCAUUAAAAUAGAUAUUGGGGCUUUAUAUACUCAUGACCCUAGAAAUCGUCAUACUAUUCACCCAGCAGCUUCAUUUAGACCAGUGCAAAGAGAAUUGGUCUUCGACAUAGAUAUGACAGACUAUGAUGAAGUACGAUAUUGCUGUCAAGGAGCUCAAGUGUGUGAAAAUUGUUGGAUAUUGAUGGAUAUUGCCGUGAAAAUAAUACAAAAAGCUUUAGCUGAUGAUUUUGGAUACGAACAUAUUUUAUGGGUUUUUAGCGGCAGAAGAGGAAUACACGCCUGGGUUUGCGACGAAAGUGCAAGGACUCUUACCGCGUCGCAAAGAAGCGCUGUUGCUGAAUAUCUUGUUCUAUUGAAAGGAGGAACAGACGUUGGUAGAAGAGUUAAUUUAAACGAUAAUCGAAUUCACUCAUCGGUGAGAAGAGCAAUUAAUAUAAUUGAUGAACAUUUCUUCAAAUAUCUAUCAAAACACGAUAUAUUCGGUAACGAGGAAAGAGUACAGAAAUUCCUUAAGUUAAUACCGGAUAUAAUUAGGGAUGAAGUGGAAAAGUCAAUAGCUGACCUUGAGACAGCGAAAGAUAAAUGGCGUGCUUUCCAAGCUACUGUGAAAACAUUCUGCCGCAAAAAUUCACAAAAAUCUUGGCAAAUCAGUAUGUUAGCUGAGGAAAUACAACUACAUUUUUGCUAUCCUAGAAUUGAUAUUGCCGUUUCGAAAGGGCUUAACCAUCUGUUGAAAGCACCUUUUUGUGUUCAUCCCAAAACUGGCAAAAUAUGUGUACCAUUCACAGCAGAUAAUAUGAUUGACCCUAAUAAUGUUCCUACUUUAAACUCGUUAAUUGAAGAACUAGAUAAUGUCCCUGCUUCAAAGAAACCCUAUAGGCAUUCUAGUAUGAAAGAUAGCAUUAAUGUUUUUGAUGAAUUUUUGAAAAAGCUGGAAAGGUCAAGAACUGGAAGAGAUAUGGAGAAUUUGUCGCUAGACGACUGGUAA